AUGCCGCCAAAAAAACAAGCUUCCGGGAGCUCAGGCUCCAAGCCCAAGGAAGACAAGACCUUCGGGAUGAAAAAUAAAAAUAAAUCCGCGAAGGUUCAGAAGCAGAUUGCUGUGAUAGAGAAGCAGCAGGCGCAGGCGGGCAAGUCCCGCGCUGUGCUCGAGAAGGAGAAAGAGAAGGCGCUACGCGAGAAAGCCAAGGUGGAUGAGGAGAAACGGAAGAAGGAGGAGGGGGCUCUGUUCAAGCCUGUGCAGGUCCAGAAAAUCCCGCCCGGCGUCGACCCCAAGACGCUGCUUUGUCAGUUCUACAAAGCAGGCAUGUGCGAGAAGGGGGACAAGUGUAGGUUUAGCCAUGACGUGAACGUGGGGAGGAAGGUGGACAGGAAGAAUCUGUAUGAGGAUAGUCGGGAGGAGAAGAUGAAAGAUACCAUGGACAAUUGGGACGAUGAGAAGUUGCAGCAAGUCAUUCUUUCAAAGAGCGGAAAUCCGCGAACAACGACAGACAUCGUGUGCAAGCAUUUCAUUCAGGCCAUCGAAACAGAAAAGUUCGGAUGGUUCUGGGAGUGUCCGAAUAGCGACGGAUGUCAAUACAGACAUGCGCUACCUCCGGGGUUUAUGCUCAAAUCGCAGCGGAAAGCAGCAGCAGAAGCCGAGAAAGCUAACACAAUUAGCCUAGAGGAGUUCUUGGAGGUCGAGCGUCAUAAACUAGGUAGCAAUCUCACACCUGUCACUCCGGAGACGUUCGCGAAAUGGAAGCAGACCAGAAUGGACAAGAAGCAAGCGGAGGAGGAGGCUCUUCGAAAGGCAAAAGACGCGCAGGCCGCCGCAGGCAAGAGCAGCGGAAUGAGUGGCAGAGAUCUGUUCACAUACAACCCAGAGUGGUUCGCGGACGAGGACGAAGGAGAGGAGGACGACUGGGAUCUGGAGCAGUACCGGAGGCAGAAGGAAGUGGAGGACCUCGCCGCCGAAGAAGAGAAUCUUCAGGGUGCCGAGCAGAACGAUGGGUUGUCAGGAGAUGCAGAAAAUAGGGGGAGUGACGGUGAAGAAAAGUCAUAA